GGCACGCUCUUAGCGUCACAUUCAUUUCAAGUCAGCCUUCACUGCGGCAUAGGUCAGCGCUUCCCAAACAAAAACAGUUGUGAAAUAUUUUAUUUUCUUAAGAUAACAUAAACUAGAUUACAUAAAAGAUAAGAUGUCGCAUGCGCUGGUGACAAUACCACGCGUGCAAUGGCCACUCUUGCGUGAUUUAUAUAAAGCACAUCGAAAAAGCUCCACAGCGUAUAGCUUUCUGCAGUGCCUCAUUAACUGGGUGACGCAUAACCCCCAACUGGAUGUGCACUUAUACUCGCUGGAUGGCGAUUGGCAGGAUGACGGCACCUUUUUGGGUAGUGACCAUGGCGUUUGGUAUGCCAAUACGCUCGCUGUAAGCAAACUACGGCUCUUGGACGCGCUGAAUUUGCUCGAUAAACGCGUGAGUUACAUCAUUUGUGGCUUUCCGGAGCGCGUGAGGCUCGUUGUAGAGCAGCACUUUCUGGAUCAUGGUCUGCGUAAUGAGGACAUAAGAUUACUGAAAACCUAUUGGUAUCAUCUCGAUAAACACUUGGCGCUGAAAUAUAGAAUUGACACACCGAAGGGGUUUAUUCUAAAGCGUUUAUUGCCUUGUAAUGCGCAAAUGGUCGACGACCAUUGGCCUUAUCAUGGACUCGAGACCAUACACUACGUGGAACGUCUGAUACGCUAUAAUGACAGUGUUGGUGUUUUCAAUAAGAAGCACGAGUUGGUGGCGUGGUGUUUACUCUUGCCACACGGCGCUUUGGGUAUGUUGCAGGUGCUAGAAGGAUACAGACGCCGUGGCAUUGGCAGCCUACUGGUGCGCUACAUGGCAAAACUGCUGGCUUCAUACGAUCUCGAGGUUAUGGCGCCGGUUGUGCACGACAAUCUCAUUUUCCGUGGCAUGUUUAAAAAAUUGGGCUUCAAAGUCGUCGACAAAACCUAUUGGGCGCACAAACCAGCAGUAUUUGAAUGAGAUCGUUCAUAUAGUACUUGAUAAUUGAUAAAUAUAAAUAAAGACUAGUAUUAACACUUGUAGCGCUUAGUGACGUAAAUAU